AAAUAUAUUCCUUCUUGUCUCAGUAUUUUACUGUUUACAAGGCAGACAGGGAAAAAACCCUCAUUAUCGUUUCAACGGAAAUUAUAUACUAACCCAUGAACAGGGAAAAAUGGUAAGAUACUUAUGUAUAAAGUUAUACAUACCACCAGUGACUGAAAUUGGAUUGCUAUAAAAGGUUAGUUGAAAUCAAUGCCGAACAAUGGAGAAAUAUUCAAGAAAUAUAAACAUUAAAUAUGAAAGCCGAACCAGCAGUUUAAGUGAAGUUUUGAAAACCAAGGACUUUCCCAUAGUUGCAAGAAUAUCUAACACAAAUGAACUUGCAGGAAAAUGUUUAGUAGAAAAGAAAGAAGUCUUGUUUCAAAGGCGGUUGAAAACAAAAUGUGCACAGGUUAGAAUUUUGGACUUUAACGACAAGGAGAAUGAACAAGAAGCAAAAGGUAUCGAAUUCAUCAUGGAACAUGAUAAUUUUGUUGAUGAUUCAUAUCUUAUAUCUAUUAAGUACAAUGGAACACUAAAGUUUGUUCACAGACCAGGCAGUCAGAACAGAUAUUCUUCUAUAUCACAGGUUCUCCAAGAAUUACCCCGAUUUGUGCGUGUAGAAGAAGACACAGUUACCAUGCCAUCAAAUGGCAUAGGUAAAAACAUUAUUGUACCCGAAAAGACAAUUCUAGAAGUUGUUAGAAAAUUCAACGAAGAUGGAGUAACGUUUUUACUAUGCAGCAAUGGUCAUGACUCAUACGCUUUCACUGAGAACGAUAGAGUAAACUUCACAGAAGUUGAAGAUGAAAGGUUAUAUCAUCUAUCUGAGCUUGUGCGUCUGCAAUUAUUGCCAAAAGUAUUUCAGUUCCUCGAAGUUGAUCCAACAGAUAUAGUUCAAAUGAAUGAUGAACUGAAUAGUGGCUUAUUAACAAUGGCUUGGGGACCAAUGGAAUUAACGAGAUUUGUUGAUGUUGACAUGAUUGUUGGUUGGGUGAGAGAUAAUAAAAAGAAGACGUAUAAAACCUGUGUAAUUCCAAGCAACCUUUGGCCAUUGAUUCCGCUUCAAACUCGAACAUUUCCUGAUCAAGAAGGGAAACACACUUACAUUGACAGUAAAUACAGUCACUGCAUGAAUACUGACUUUAUAGACAGGAAUUUAUAUAUACUGCCCUUGGAACAGUCUUCGAUUACCUGGCUAAGAAGUCCUGACUUGUACGAGCGCAAUUAUUCGGGAAGAGCAAUGUUUGAUGUGGUAUAUAUUGAUUUUCAAGUCUCAUCUGAGGAUGACGACGAGACAAGUGGUGAUAAUACCGGAAACUUUGACUGUCCUCCACCAUUACCAGAAAAACCAACAAAGUCGCUAGAUCCCCAGGGUACAACACAAUUACUUCCUAAGGAAAGGCAAAAUAUGUCAGUUUCUGGGAAAGUCCGAAAAGAGUCAAUGAAUUGGUUUUCACAAAAACAUACUCAGACGACAAGCAAAAGAAAGAAAAGUAAAGAAAAUCAUUCAGAUAUGCACAUAUUGAAGAAUAUUGCGACCGAACGAACGUAUAAUAUAUCAAGGUGCUCUUCAGAAGGUAAUGUCAGGGACUGUCCUGAACACUACAAAAAGCAACAGAUUGGCUCCCAAUCUACAUUAAGCCAAAUCAAAGUUCAUUCUAUCAAACCGGUAACAGGGGAAAAUCAGUAUUUACAUGCCGAUGAAAUGUCUGUUCGACUACUGAAAUCCAGUGAAAACAUACAACAGGUAUUGCCAACAGCGCCAUAUUCUGCGUUAUCAAACUGUAGUUCUAAUACCACUUCCGGUGCGACCUCAGAUUCUCUUCAACAUCACUAAGCGACCGAUUCAAACCUAUUCCAAGUCGAUGAGGAAGACACGGUGUCAAAGUCACCAAACAGAGAAAUAACAGACAACUGUGUAACCACUUCAAUUAAUGAACAGUUUGCUACGGAAGAGAAUCUGAUUUCAUCCGUUUCACCUCAAGCCAUGGAAAUAGAAGCAUCAUCCUGUGUACUUGUAUCUAAACAAAGCGAUGAACAUGACAUUUCACUGUCAAGGUUAAACAGUAACUACAUACUAGAAACAGAUCAGACAAAGAACAAGUUUUAUCAAUAUUCGGUUUUGGAAACCAUACAAUGCUUCAGACAGUGUGGUCUUGGAAAGUUUGCAGAUGAGUGUUUCAAGAACAAAAUUGAUGGCUCGUUUUUCAGAAACUUUGAUGUGCAAGUCCUGAAAGGAGAUCCGUUCCAUCUAAGCAACUUUGAGGUUAUGAAAGUCAGAAAAAUAAUAUUCGAAGGUUGGAGACCGGGUAUCGGUAACUAACAUCGAUGGGAUAUUAGUUGAAUUGAUAUUAAAGAUUUACGCUUAUCAUAUUCUUUUAAUGCGUAUACUUAUCUUACUUGUAAGUAAAUACAUUACAGCAUCGAAACAUGAUAGUGAAAGAGCCAUAUUUAGUUUUAAUGGUAGUUGCUCAAUACAGAUCUUUACAAAGAUAACAAUUGUACAAAUGUGUAUUAUGUGCAAGCGAGUAAUACAGAUCAGCUCACGCGGAAAACCCACUUUCCGUUUUUCCUCGAAGGAAAAAUCUUGCAUAGCGAGGAAUUUCUCCGAGUACUGUCUAAUUCUCGGAGUACCGACUGUUAUAGUUAUACUUUAGCGGAAUUUUGUCGAGUCACUCCGAGAAAUUACUUGACGGAACUCCGAGUCGAAAAUAUUCAGGUAACACUUUAAUGAUUUCCGGUAUUUUAUGGCCACUCCGCGCGACUUCGAGUCUGUAAUAAACAAUAAAUCGGUCGUUUCGAGUGCCGCGAGAUGAUUUGACGAAACUUCGAGGCAGCAUUUCUUUACUUACGGAUUGUUUUUAAAUAAUUAGCUUUUCUUUUUUAUAUUUGAAUGUAUGAAACUGUUGUGAAUUUUGAUAUUGAAAUAGUUUCUGACCAUGCGAAUUAGAUUAAGAAGUAUAUUUAUUUAUAAUAAACUAAAUUAUUAAUCACACGACAUUAAACAAACAUUGAAAUCACCGCCGUUAAAGGAAAGCGAUUUGUUAAAUUUAGAUAUUUAAAUAAUUUCUGACUUUGCGAAUUAAAUUUAGGAAAAACAUCGUGUAAUUAUUAAUAAUUUAUGCACUUAAUUACAAAUAAUUUAUAACUUAGUCUAGAUAAACUUUAAAAUAACUCCCGCUAAAAGUAAAUUGUUAAGUAUGAUAUUGAAACACAUGCGAAUUAGUUUUAAAAGUAAAUUUAUGUAGAACGGAAUAAAUUAUUAAUCAUAUAUAAUUAAACAAAUGUCCAAAUGAGCGCCUUUAAAGGAAACUGCUUUGUUGUAUGAUGAUAUAGAAAUAAUUUUUGACUUUGCGAAUUUAAUUUAGAAAUAAAUUCAUGAAAAUGCACUAAAAUAUGAAUACUUUAUAACUAGAUAAACUUUAAUAUUACGCCCGCUAGAAAAGUAAAAUAAAAGAAAACAGAAUUUCAAAUAACUGCCGUUAAAGAAUAGUGAUUUGUUGAAUAUAAUAUUGAAACAGUUUCUGACAGUGCGAAUUAAAUUUAGAAAUAAAUUGAUGUAAAAUGGAAUAAAUUAGAAACUAUAUGAUACUAGAUAAACGUUACGCUAAUGGCCGUGAAAGAAAAGCGACUUUUAUUAAUUACUGAAAAUUAUACGAGAAAUGAUGAUAUUUAUCAUGAAAGUGGUCUUUCUUUUAUGUAUUUGGAAGGAAUUAUAAAUAGGAUAAAAUAUACUACUGCGUUAUCCACUCAAACAGUAAUAAAAUAUCUUAAGUAAACAGAAAAAUUUGGUUUAAGUAAGAUAAUACUUCAGUAUUAUUUUUAUUUACAAUUCAGUAUUAUUUUUAUUUACAAAUAUUGUGUUAUUUCGCGUAUCACUAUGUAAAAUAUUAUCACCCUGCUCCAAAUAAUCUGAAAUCUGUCCUCAAAGUUACUCGAAGGCUCAUUUAAAUUUUUAUAGGUAAUUAAUUAUUCGUCUCGGAGUCACUCGAAGGAAUUCCGUCAAGUGACUCGGAAACAAUAGAAACCAAUAUACAAAUGUAGGUGUGUAUUCCGCUAAUUGGAUUUCAUUUCGAGUCACUUCGAAAAUUUCCUUCGAGUGACUUCGCAUAAAUCCUCGGAGUCAGAUAGCGAAAUUCCUUGACGGAAAAUGGCUGACUCGAAGAAGCUUCGAGUCGGAGCCUUGGUACUCGUUUUGGCCAUCCUCCGAGGAUCGAGUAGAAUGGGUUUUCCGCGUGAGCUGAUCUGUAUGUAGGUAUUAUUAUACAUGCAUAGUAGUAAAAAAUGCCCUAUAAUAAUGGCAACAACAACAUUGCCAUUAUUAAGAUCAAACCACAACAAGCGACACUGAAGUAUACAGUAAGAGGUACGUUUGAAAUAAUGUCAUACUUGUGACAUUGUAUAAACAAAAGAAAUUAACGUAGAAAAAUAACAAAUGAGAAAUAAAUAGAGUAAAGAGUUGUUAUCAGGAAAUUAAAUGUAUUUAGUUAGUAGAAAACCAUAUUGGACUUAUCUCUGUAUAUUUAAAAUCACAUAACUGUACUAAUAGAAACUUCAAACUGUUGUUUGUUUGUUUGAUUUCUGUUGGGGUUUUGUUUUGGUAAUAACAUUCAUAAUGCUACAGUACAUUUAUUAAAUGUAAUACAAGUUUGGACAGUGUAGGUUAUUGACAGACAACAUUAUUUUGUUUUUAUUAUGAUUUCAUGCUUCAUAAGGAAAAUCGCUCGUUUCUGAAUUAUAGACAGUUAUGCGUAAUUGUGUGACUUUUUAAAUUUUGGUUCAGUCAGUACAAUACAUAAAAUAAUAUUUACGACAUACGUUUCUAAACAUUUAAUAACUUAAAACAAAUACACUGUUAGUAAUAUGGAAGAUAUUGUCAAAGAUAUUGAAGGGACAUUUGAAAUUCCGUUAUGUGAAUGUACAUGUGUCAUUUAAUCUGUCAUUCAGCGCUUUCUUUACGAAUUGAAUAAACUCAUCUCUAUGUAUAUUA